UCAACGCUCAGAUGUAGUUGCUUCCAUCUUGGCACAUUGAGGUGGAUGUUUGCGCCUGAACUGAACUAAAAAACCUAUAGAGUUUGUACUGUCUUUGGCUAAACUGUGUUGCUGUCUGUCUAUAAUUCAACACAAUAUUUUGCUAAAGUCUAACGAAAACCAUGAACAACCUAAUUCGGUCAACUGUUCGCUGUUUUCGGCUGAGUUCGUCGGUUUAUCUACCGAGGCAAGUUGAUGGACAAAAUGUGUCGUUGCCAACAUUGAAGUCUUCGGCCCGGCUCAUGUGUUCGGCGCCCUUACAGAAAGAUCUUGGCGAUAUGGUGAAAAAAGACAAGGUGGUGGUGUUUAUGAAAGGGACGCCUGCCCAGCCGAUGUGUGGCUUCAGUAAUGCCGUGGUUCAGAUCUUGAGGAUGCAUGGUGUGAAUGAAUAUGCUGCAUAUAACGUGUUGGAUGACCAGGAUCUCAGACAAGGAGUGAAGGACUUCUCCAACUGGCCCACAAUCCCACAGAUCUUCUUAAAUGGCGAGUUUGUGGGCGGCUGUGACAUCUUCCUACAGAUGCACCAGAACGGAGACCUGGUAGAGGAGCUCCAGAAGCUGGGGAUCCGCUCUGCACUGGUGGACGCCGAAAAGGAAUCCAAGUAGACAAACCCGUCAGUCGAUGUCCAGUCCAGAGAAAGCUAGAGGUGGACUGUAUUGUCCAGUCUCUGGUUGACUUUUAGGCCCGUUAACCCUGCACUUGUGUAGAUCUGAGAAAAUUGGUUAGAUAUACUUGUAAGCCAUAUAGGGGACGCUCCACCUUGUAAGCCACAUUGUGAAAGUUCUCCAAAGACAUUGGCAAGGUAGAGCUAUUCGAAUGUUGUUACAUACAUUUUAGUCAUUUAGCAGACACUCUUAUCCACAGCGACUUACAGGAGAAGUAUUUAGAGUGAAGAGCCUUGCUCAAGGACACAGACAGAUUUUUUCACCAAGUUGAGUCAGGGAUUCAAACAAGCAACCUUUCGGUUUCUGGCCCAACGCUCUUAAACACUAAGCAACAUGUCCAGUAAUUUCAGAUCUACACAAGAGCCUAGGGGGAUAGGGGCUAAGGGUUGAUUUGGGAUUGGGCAUUUGAAGUGGUGGCUGAGCCCCAGUGUCCCUUCCACAAGCCCUAUAAGAAGGUGUGUGUGAUACUAUAGAACCUGCUGAAGAACAAACUGCCCUCAGGUGACUAGGAUAUGAGAUGUCAAACCAACACCCAUAUGAUACCUCCAAAACCCACUGCCUGUACAGUGCCUUCAGAAAGUAUCCACACCCCUCGACUUUUUUCUACAUUUAGUUGUUACCGACUGAAUUUAAAAUGGAUUAAAUUAAGAUUUUGUAUCACUGGAUUACACACAAUACACCAUAAUGUCAAAGUGGAAUUAUGUUUUUAGACAUUUUUACAAAAUAAUUCAAAAUGAAAAGCUGAAAUGUAUUCAACCCCUUCAUGGUAAGCCUAAAUACAUUCAGGAGUAAAACAUUUAUUCGGUUGCAUUGACUCACUGUGUGUAACAAUGGUGUUUAACAUGAUCUUUGAAUGACGACCUCAUCUCUGUACUUCUAACACACAAUUAUCUGUAAGGUCCCUCAGUCGAGCAGUGAAUUUCAAACACAGAUUCAACCACAAUGGCCAGGGAGGUUUUCCAAUGCCCUGCAAAGAAUGGUACCUAUGAUGGGUAAAAAAAAUGUUAACACAGACAUUGAAUAUUCCUUUGAGCAUGGUGAAGUUAUUAAUUACAUGUUGGAUGGUAUAUCGAUACUCCCAGUCACUACAAAGAUACAGGGUCCUUCCUAACUCAGCUACUGAGGAUGGAUCAACAACAUUGUCUUUACUCCACAAUACUAGCCUAAAUGCCAUGGUGAAAAGGGGAAGCCUGUACCGAAUACAAAUAUUCCAAAACAUGCAUCCUGUUUGCAAUAAGGCACUAAAGUAAAACUUCAAUAACUGGUCAGGAAAUAUCCUGAAUACAAAAUGUUAUGUUUCGGGCAAGCACAACAAAUCACUGAGUACCACUCUUCAUAUUUUCAAGCAUGGUGGUCUCUGCAUCAUGUUAUGGGUAUGCUUGUCAUCGUCAAGGACGAGGGAGUUUUAAGGUAAAAAAUAAACAGUAGAGCUAAACACAUGCAAAAUUUGAGAGUAAAAUCUGGUUUAGUCUGCUUUCCAACAGACACUGGGAGGCAAAUUCAUCUUUCAGCAGGACAGUACCCUAAAACACGAGGCCAAAUAUACACUGGAUUUGCUUACCAAGACCACAUUGAAUGAUCCUGUAUGGCCUAUUUACAGUUUUGACUUAAAUAGGCUUCAAAAUCUAUGGCAAGACUUGAACAUGGCUGUCUAGUAAUGAUCAACAACCAACUUGACAGAGCUGGAAGAAUUUUUAAAAGAUUAAUGUGCCAUUAUUGACCAAUCCAGGUGUGCAAAGAUGAUACUAAGACGUAUUGACUCUGGUGUGAAUACUUGUGUAAAUGAGAUUUCUGCAUUUCAUAUUCAAUACAUUUUCUAAAAACAUGUUUUCACUUUGUCAUUAUGGGGUAUUGUGUGUAGAUGGUUAAAGGGGAAAAAACUAAAAUCCAUUUUGAAUUCGGGCUGUAACAAAAUUUGGAAUAAGUCGAGAGGUAUGAAUACUUUCUGAAGGCACUGUAUAUGUUAAGUUUUCAAAUAUAGUAUCUCACGCUUAUUUUCACUGAAGCAUUUGUAGGUCCGCUCAAACGCAAUAAUCCACUUCCUCUUUUCUUUCUUCCUCAAGAUGUUCACUUACCGGUAUUUAAUUAGAGAAGGGAAAAGUAAUGUGAUGGGUACCUUGCUUUUUGUCUUGUCUAAUUUGUCAACUCAGUAGUCAUGUCAAGGAAGGAAUGAAGUACGGGAGGUUACACUUUUUAAUGUAUUCAAAACAGGGCCCUACUUCAUGACAAUCAAUACAUUUUCACCUGCUGCUUACAUACAUGUAUUAUCUAAUGCUCAUGUAGUACACUGUAUAUUUAAUAUAUUUUACAUUUAAAGGAUAUAUGUAUUUGAUCAAUUAAAUAUUUUACAACACAAA